AUGGGGAAAUUUGCUGGCUUCCGCUGCCAUGCGCAAGGCGUGGACACGUUCAUUCGUGCACACUUUCAUACAAUAGUCGCAAGCCAUCUGGGUUGCGAACUCACCGCAGCAUGGAUCAUGGCGAGAAACCACAACUGUCAAAGUGGGCUCCCUCUGUCUCCGGAAAUCGCAAACAUACUGCAGUCUGUCAACGCCCGACGAGCGCGAGUCACAUCAAUCCUAUGCGAGUCCUACCGGAUCAGCAGUAUCGCUCUUCUUCAGCUGGCCCCAUACGGUGCAAGACAAUCCUUGCAUUCGAGUGUGGAACAGUGCCUCGCGUCUCUCCAAACUGAAUCUAGUAAGCUCGACGAUUGGCAUUCCGCCCUCCCACAAUCCGAGCUUCCCAUCGAUCCUUCUUUCGCUAGCUUUCAGGCUGCCAGCCAUAGCCAAGAAUUUAUCCGUCCGCUACUCUUCACCUCGCACCUCCUCGCCAUGAAUUACGCCUACUAUCUCUCCGGCCGUAUCAUGCAGUGUACUGCACUAUUCCAUCCCCAUUCCCACCUCCGCCUCGACAGACAAACCUGUCUUCGAGAAAAUGUCUAUUCAAUAGGAAUCUCCAGUCUACUGGCAUGCUGUGUUCUUCGCUGCCACGAGAUGACCUUCAUCAAGUGGGUCGAAAACUGGUUGCGGGGCUGGAGGGAACUCGAUACACUGGAAGAGGGCAGCUUCCCUAUCGCCCAAGCGUUGGAAGUGACUCGGCUCGUGCGUGAAGAGAAGGACGCUGGGAAUGAAGUUUAUGCGGUCGCGCUGCCCGAGGAUGACGGCGGGGGUGGUGGGAAGUUUACCUCGUACUGUAGUCAGCAGUUUGAUAGAUUGGUUCUGGUCGGGAGGAGGAGCGACACAGGGCGUUUAUAUUCUGAGAUGGUUCCGGUUUGGAUAGGUUAA